GCUGCCUCCCAGGUUCCCGUCGCAGAGUCCGGCGACCCGACCUAUCGCCGCCGUCCCGCCGCGGCGCUGCCUGCCGUGGAUUCACACCUAUCUCUACGGCUCGAGAGCCGCCGCGGCCGUCUCCCUACUCCUGCCGCCGGCCCGCGCACAGGCUUGCGGGAACGCCACCCCCGCCCCCCCUGUGUGCCCAUCCCGUCGUCGCUCCAAAUUCACAAUCCUGCGCGUGGCCAAUUUUUGGGGUCUCGCCAGCCAUCGCCACUGAUCAAUGCUAACCUCGCAGGGCGCACCACCUCGCAGCCUGCUCGAAGUCGUUUCGGAUUCCUUUCUAUUUUUGAAUUUGCGCUGCGACGCUCCCGCUGCUCGGUUCCGGGCCUGCAUCGAAGCGUACUUCUCACGUGACGAGCGCAGGAGCGAACCCUAGAAGACCGGAGCGCCGACCGCCCACCGCCACCUCGCCGGAAACUGCGGCGGCGACGGGGACGACCGCCAUGGGCUUCGAGCGCGUGGAGCUGCGGUGCCCCAAGGCCCUCGACCCUCGCUCGAGCUGGACGCUCGGCGAUGUCCUCGCCGAGCUUGACGCACUCGAUGCCACUCGCCAAGCUGCGCCGCCCACGCCUCUGAAACAGCCGCCGGAUUGGGCUAGCGAUGGCAGUGCGAGGAAGAAGGCCUUUGUGAUGCGGGUUGAUGACGAAGACGGCACGGAAGAGGAAGACAAUAUCAGUGAUGGGGAGGCCCAGGCUCUUGUGGCCAACGGAGCGAGGUUCUCAUUUAACGAUAUCGAAUCCAGUGAUUCAGAAGAAUUAGAGGAUGAAUUGGAAGAUGGCCAGGUUGCACCAUACCACUUGAUGGAGAAAAGUAACCUAGAGAAGAGCAUUCUUCUUGAGCUGGAAAGCGAGCAUCAUCUCAAAGUUCAAGAAGAAGUCAGAAGUAAGCUAGCUGCAUUGGAGGUAUGCCACCAAAAUGAAAUCCAGAGAACAAUUUCUGCAUUCGCUCGACUUCAGAAAUAUACAGAAUCAAGAAAGGAGAUAGACAGAAGGCUAGACAUACACUUCCAGAGAAGAAUUGCAGAGGUACUCGAUAAACACUUGUCUAUGGUCCAAAGGGAUCAUGAACAGAAAUCCCAGAUUGUGGAACGUCGAAUAAGAGAUGAUGCAGCUCUUGAAGAAGCUAAAAGAAAAGAGCAAGCUAUCAAGGAAGAAAAAUUAAAGCAGGAAAGAGCCAGGCAAGAAGCAGAGGCCAGGCAGAAGGAAGCUGCAACAUUAGCAGCUGAAGCACGGAAAACAGCAUUUGAAGCUGCUCAAAAGGAAGCUGCAGAAAAGGAAGCUGUGGAAAAGGAAGCUGCUAAAUUGAGGGACGCAGCAGCUUCCAAAUCUAGUCAAAAUUCUCAAAAUAAUGUUGCAGGUAUCAAAGUUUUUGCCGAUAAAUAUGCAUUAGAAGCGGAAUCACGGAGGCGAGCAUUAUUACAUAAUCAAGUGCCAGGAAACAUUCAUCUCAGCAAGGAAUUCAGCAAAUAUGACCGACAGAUUGCGAAAUCAAUAAGUAAACUUAUGCCGACUACUGACAGUGUCAGAGCAAGGGCUAGUGAGCUUAUUAAAGCUUUAGAUGGACAGGAUUGUCCCCGUCCAAUCGCGUGUUGUUUAUUUGCAAACAAGAUUAUUUCAAUUGUUAAAAGUAGAAAUACAAAGGACAAAACUUUUGGAAAUUUGGCCUUUGCUUGUGGAUAUGUCAUGCUAUUAGUCACAAACCAGGUACCAGACGCAAUGGAUUAUCUUCUAGCUGAGUUCAACAGAGUUUGCAUAUACACAGUUCCAAAGCAUCUGCAUGCUUUAAAUGCACAAGCACGAAAUAGAGAUUAUUACGGACUGAUAGGUUACCAAGAAGAAAAUGGACAACUCGAGAGCACUGAAAGUUAUUUAACAUACACUGUUGCAUACAUCAAACUGUAUGCUGCGAUGAUUCAGACGGAAAUCAAAGGUGUGCGUCAUCCUCAUGGCUUAGCUGAGGGAUGGAAAUGGCUUGCCAUGUUCCUCAAUGCUCUCCCAGCCACUACAGCCACUGCUUAUGCCCUUCAUGGUUUCCUCAAGAUGGCUGGUUUUGCACUUCACAAGAAAUAUGGAUCGCAGUUCAUGAAAAUUCUGGAUGUAAUUUCUCGGUGCUUUUUACCAGCUUUGAAAGAACAAGGCUCCAAACUUCAGUCUGAGGCUGUCAACAAUCUGCAGAAUUAUCUGAAUGACAAAAUUUACCUUAAGGAGCCAGAAGGUCAGUACCUCGUCCAGCAAUUGCUAUCGAAGGAGUUAUUCAUGUGAAGAUCAAAACACCAGAUCGGCAUACGUAUGUCAGGCGCCCGUGAUUAGCUGCACCAGUUGCCAGUUGGGGCUCCAUGCGUUCAGAAAAGCAAUCGGAUUUUUCACAGGAAGUAACCUUCACGGUUUUCAGCAUCAAAUUGUCCUAUACAUAUUUAUGAAUAGUCCCCCAGAUGUCAUCCAUUUUCCACAGGGAUCUUAUGGUGGAGUAUUUGUUUAUCUGUCAUGUAUCCCGGCCAAUAACACAAUUAGGAUAGGUGGAUGUUCCGCGAUUUGUUGUAUGUCUAUUCUGUAUCAAGGGUGAUUCUGCCUUCUGUUUCUAAGAAGAAUGUUUGUUCUGGUACGAUUUGCUUGAA